AUGUCCGCCAAGGGGCAGAAAAUGCAAGGAGCUGCCUGCGGCCAGGUCAGCUUCCCAGAUCUUGGCGAGCGUGGAGGAUGGCUGGCAAGGAAUGGGGGGCACUGGGCUCCCCUUCCCCAGCCCAGAGGGGUACUGGUACUUCCGGCGGAGAGCGGCUCUUUGAUGGCUGGGGGCUCCCACAGUGAUGUGCAUCUCUGUAAUGAGAAGGGUGAUGGCAGUCCUUCCAUGAGGCGUGUAACAAUGAUAAGGGAGAAGGGAAGGAGACAAGCAGUCCGGGGACCAGCAUUUAUGUUCAACAACAAAGGUCCAAACUUAACAUCAGAAGAAGAACGUUUUCUGGAUGCUGCAGAAUAUGGUAACAUUCCUGUGGUGAGAAAGAUGCUGGAGGAGUCAAAGACUUUGAAUGUCAACUGUGUGGAUUACAUGGGUCAGAAUGCCCUACAGCUGGCAGUAGGAAAUGAACACUUAGAAGUGACAGAACUUUUGCUCAAGAAGGAGAACUUGGCGCGAAUUGGAGAUGCUCUUCUCCUUGCUAUAAGCAAGGGCUAUGUGAGAAUAGUAGAAGCCAUUCUAGGUCAUUCUGCAUUUGCAGCCAGCAAAAGACUAACCCUUAGUCCAUGUGAGCAGGAGCUCCAAGAUGAUGAUUUCUAUUCCUAUGAUGAAGAUGGUACCAGGUUUUCCCCAGAUAUCACACCCAUCAUUCUUGCUGCUCACUGCCAGAAAUAUGAAGUUGUGCACAUGCUUUUAAUUAAGGGAGCAAGAAUAGAAAGACCUCAUGAUUACUUCUGCAAGUGCAAUGACUGUACUGAAAAGCAAAAAAUUGAUUCAUUCAGCCACUCAAGAUCAAGGAUAAAUGCCUACAAAGGAUUAGCAAGUCCAGCCUAUCUGUCCCUGUCCAGUGAAGAUCCAGUCCAUACCGCGCUCGAGCUCAGCAAUGAGCUGGCCAAGUUGGCCAAUAUCGAGAAGGAGUUCAAGAAUGACUAUCGCAAGCUCUCUAUGCAAUGCAAGGAUUUUGUGGUCGGUGUCCUUGACCUCUGCCGAGAUUCUGAAGAAGUAGAAGCUAUUCUGAAUGGAGAUGUGGAUGCUGAGCCUGUAGAAUCUCACAGACCUUCCCUAAGCCGAGUGAAACUGGCCAUUAAGUAUGAAGUUAAGAAGUUUGUCGCACAUCCCAAUUGCCAGCAACAGUUACUAACAAUCUGGUAUGAAAAUCUCUCAGGAUUAAGAGAACAGCCUAUUGCCAUCAAGUGUUUGGUUGUACUGGUCGUUGCCUUGGGACUCCCAUUUCUUGCCGUUGGUUACUGGAUUGCACCAUGUAGUCGGCUUGGCAAAGUUCUUCGUAGUCCCUUCAUGAAAUUUGUUGCACAUGCUGCAUCAUUUAUAAUAUUUCUGUGCCUAUUAGUAUUCAAUGCAUCGGACAGGUUUGAAGGCAUCAAAACGCUACCAAACAUCACUGUUAUUGAAUACCCCAAACAAAUCUUCAGAGUAAAAACUACGCGUUUCACUUGGACAGAGAUGCUUAUCAUGAUUUGGGUUGUAGGAAUGAUGUGGUCUGAGUGUAAGGAGCUAUGGCUGGAAGGACCCAGAGAAUAUAUACUGCAGCUGUGGAAUGUACUGGAUUUUGGGAUGCUCUCCAUUUUUAUAGCAGCUUUCACAGCCAGAUUGCUGGCCUUCCUGCAAGCCACCAAAGCGCAGCAGUAUGUGGACAAAUACAUUCAAGAAAGUGACCUUUCCUUGGUCACACUUCCUCCUGAAAUCGAGUAUUUUACCUACGCCAGAGAUAAAUGGCUCCCGUCUGAUCCACAGAUCAUAUCAGAAGGUUUAUAUGCCAUAGCGGUUGUGCUUAGCUUCUCCCGCAUUGCCUAUAUCUUACCAGCCAAUGAGAGCUUUGGACCACUGCAGAUAUCUCUUGGAAGAACAGUGAAAGACAUUUUUAAAUUUAUGGUCCUAUUUAUCAUGGUAUUUCUUGCAUUCAUGAUUGGGAUGUUUAUUCUGUAUUCAUACUACCUUGGAGCUAAAGUGAAUUCUGCUUUCACAACGGUUGAAGAAAGUUUUAAAACCCUUUUCUGGUCCAUAUUUGGUCUGUCUGAAGUAACCUCUGUUGUACUCAAAUAUGACCACAAGUUCAUAGAAAAUAUUGGUUAUGUCCUGUAUGGAAUCUACAAUGUGACCAUGGUGGUGGUUCUCCUUAACAUGCUAAUUGCUAUGAUUAACAGCUCAUAUCAAGAAAUAGAGGAUGACAGUGAUGUGGAAUGGAAAUUCGCCCGAUCUAAGCUGUGGUUAUCUUAUUUUGAUGAAGGGAAAACGCUGCCACCACCUUUUAGCGUUGUACCAAGUCCAAAAUCUUUUGUGUACCUUAUUCUGAGGAUCAUUAACUUCUCCAAGUGUAGGACACGAAGGUUGAAAAAAGAUAUUGAGAUUGGAAUGGGAGACUCAAAAUCUCGGUUGAAUCUCUUCUCUCAAUCUAGUGCAAGGGUUUUUGAGUCUCGGAGUUUUAACAGCAUUCUUAACCAGCCAUCACGCUAUCAGCAAAUCAUGAAAAGACUUAUAAAGAGAUAUGUUCUGAGAGCACAAGUGGAUAAAGAGAAUGAUGAAGUAAAUGAAGGUGAACUAAAAGAAAUAAAACAAGAUAUUUCCAGUCUCCGCUAUGAACUUUUGGAAGAUAAAUCACAAGCUACAGAGGAAUUGUCCACAUUAAUUCAGAAACUGAGUGAAAAAUUAAAUCCCAGCAUGCUAAGAUGCGAAUGAAAGCUGGACUGAUCAGAAUGGAUUUAAUGGCAGCACAAACAAUGGCAAUAAUAUAAAAAGCAUCCAAUACUUGAAAACUAACCGUAGAUUUAUAGCACACAAUAUCAUUUAUUUGUAAAUUUGUCAUUUAAACUUAGAUUUUUCAAAUUUACCUCUGUAAUUAUGUAUCACAGAA